AUGGACACGAUUGAGCAGCUCAUUGCCUGGGCAGGUCCCAAAGGCGUCAAGCUGAAUGGUCUUGGGCCGCAGAGGAUGCCUGGCCGGGGCAUCGGGCUCGUCGCGACUCGUGAGAUCCAGCCCAACGAAAUUGUCCUCGAGAUCCCCAUCGCUUGUCUCAGGACCCUAGACACAGUCCCCAAGCCUCUAGUCCGUAAGCUGCCGCCUAAAAUGUCAGUCCACGGCCUGCUCGCAGCCGAUCUGAUGCUCGACGGCGUCAAUCCCAGCAGUGAGGAGCACAGCCGGUAUGCAGCGUGGGACGCCGUGUGCCCGACGCCAGAGGACCUCAGCACGGCACCUCUGCUCUGGCCCGAGGAGCUACAGGCUCUCCUGCCGCGUGCCGCGCGCGAGCUGCUCGAUAAGCAGAAGGCCAAGUUUGCAAAGGACUGGGCGGGGGUACGGCCUGUAGCGGUGGCUACAGCAGGAGGAGCAGAGAAAGAUGUCGCCUCGGGCAGUACAUCAGUCAAUGCUAGUCAACAAGGCACAGACGACAAGGACGGUGACCACGAAGACGAAGGUCUCAAGGCUAGGUACAAGCAUGCCUGGCUCCUCGUCAACACGCGGACAUUCUACUACACCAACGCCAAGCUGAAGAAGCGGCCGCGGGACGACCACAUGGCCCUCCAGCCGGUCGCUGACCUGUUCAACCACACCGACGACGACUCCGUCACAUGCAAGGUAUCCUUCGACUACCGAGGGUUCAGCUUCCGGGCGUCCAAGAUCUACAACCCGGGUGACGAAGUACACAUUUGCUACGGCCGGCACGGGAACGACAAGCUGCUCGUCGAGUACGGGUUCGCAAUGGACGAGAACCGCUGGGACGAAGUCGUGCUGGACGAGGUCGUGCUCGCCAAGCUGGACGAGUCGCAGCGAGACGUACUGGAGGAGUUUGGGUUCCUCGGCAAGUAUGUCCUCGAUCGCGAAGGGGUGUGCUAUCGGACCCAGGUUGCGGUCAGGAUGUUGUGUUGCAAGCACGGGGAGUGGAGGAGGUUUGUGGACGGGGCCGAUGACGGGGAGGCGACUCAGGAAGCCGUGGAUCUUUUAGUUCUCGGCAUGCUGAGGGAGUCUCUGAGCACGGCGGCGACGAAGAUCGAGGAAGUGGGAGGGAUGGCGGUGGGGAGACCGGAGCAGAGGGAAAUGCUCGUCCGUAGAUGGAAGCAGAUUUACCAGAUAUUGCAGACGCACAUACACCGCAUUGUGGGAAAAGCACAAUCUUAG